GAUGGCUUCUUCUAAAAGAUUCAGAGCCUCAUUUUAUCCGAGAGAGAGAGAGGGCACGUAGACAUUGAAAUCUUCUGUGUUUGUCCUGGCAAGGCCUUCAAAUGCGGAGGUUUUAUGGUUGCUGGCCUCCUCUCUGUUCUCUGCUUCUCUCUCUCUCUCUCUUUCUUCUUUCUCCAAGCAAAACCUGAAAAGUUCUCUUUUUUUUUCUUCCUUUCCUUUGAAGCUUGAAUCUAAGCUGUGACGCCAAUGACUUGAAACAUUUGUGAAACUGGGAAUGGGAAGGAAUGGAGUUGCUUGAGGGAAAGGUUUACGGUGAAUCUCUCCCUAAAGCUCCUAAUCUUCCAGUUUUCAUCCUUUGAGGAUUUGGUGUGAGGUGAGGAGGAUCUUCAUCAUUUUUGACAACCAAAAUGAAGGGGAUUUUCAAGGGUUUCAAGUUCAUUUCUCAGAUCUUUGUUUUCAAAGAGCCUGAGAUGGUAAUUGGAUACCCAACAGAUGUGAAACAUGUAGCGCACAUUGGAUAUAGCAGCUCAUCAAAUAUUCCAAGUUGGAUGGCUGAAUUUAAUACAGCAUCAGAUUUUUCCUCUGGAGUUUUUGGGGAAUCAAGGGGCCUUUCUUGGGCUUCUCAUGAGUUUGAUCAACCUAAUGGAUUUCAAUUAUCCCCUGGGAAGUUUUCAGACCAAUCAUGCCCAGAUGCAGGAGCACCAAAGAAGAAGAGAAAAAAGUUUAAAUUUCCAUCAUCUUCAUCAAUCAGAUCCAUUGGUUCACAUGCCUCCCCAAUUGAUCGCACCGAGCAAGCUCAGAGUGUAAUGGCGUGAGAACCACACAGACUGAGUUCUGAAGCUCAGAUCUUCAGUAAGGUUUGCAGGUCAUUUGAAGUCAUUGCAGAUUCUGCUUGAAGGAAAUGGAGAAGAAGAAAGAGAGAGUUACACUAAUACUUGAUUUGUUUUCUUCCAUUAAUCAAGCAAGCUAUACUGGUUAUUGUUUUAAGUAUUUUUAUUCUGGUUUUUCUUCUUUGUUUAGUGCUGUGUUCAUCUGGAAUCUGUUUACUGUAAAAUGUAUUUAAAUGCCAUUAUUCUUGUUUCAUGUAGAAGUUUAUAUGUUCUGGGAUGGAAAAAUCCAUAAUUCGUCAUUGAAUUUUUUGCUUUUA